CCCUGGGGGUACCAGGGCUUGUCCUGGGGGUGCUGCCCGGGGACCGGGUCCUGCCCUGGGGGUACCGGCUGCUGCCCCGGGGGUGCCGCCCGGGAUGCCGCCCGCUGAAACGGGCCGGUGGUAACACCAAUCGCCGAGGAAAACUCCCCCCCCACCCCGUUUUUCUAGCGUCAAGCCGUGGGUCUGAGCAACCCCUCCCUCCCCUCCCGCGUUCUGGGGCAGGCUGAGCGCUGGUAGGGAGCCGAGCUGGGCGAAAAGCUGCCUUGAGGGAGCAGGAACCACGACGUGGGCUCUGCCUGAGCUUCCCGGAUAAGUGAAAGAGGGUUUAAAUGCAGCCUGAGUAGCAAAAGAAAACCUCGGCUGAAGCGUGAACCCGCAGAGGUUGCUGUAAAUGCAGAGAUGGUUGAGCUGUGAUGGGGCAGAGCCUUGUUACUCGGUUGAUUUUGGAGCCCUUAGGAACAACAAGGAGCACGGGCUGGUGCCAGAGACAGACUCUGCAAAGUAAAGGCUGUUAAGGGUUUUUAUUCAUAAUCCUCAUGCCCGAGGGCAGAGAACAAGCACAAACAGAAUGGUGCAAAGUAGCCAAGAUUCAGACAUUUCUCUUCUCAACAUUAAUCAAGGGAUCACUUGUCUAACUGCGGGAGUGCUGAACCCUCAGCUUGGUUGUGAUUGUCUCCUGGUUGGAACCCAGACUAAUUUGUUGGCUUAUGAUGUCUAUAACAACUCAGAUUUGUUCUACAGAGAGGUUUCAGAUGGAGCCAAUGCCAUAGUUCUUGGAAAGCUGGGAGAUAUUUCAUCUCCACUUGCUAUUAUUGGUGGAAACUGUGCCCUGCAGGGCUUUGACUAUGAAGGAAAUGACCUUUUUUGGACAGUGACUGGAGACAAUGUUCGUUCAUUAGCCCUCUGUGACUUUGAUGGGGAUGGCAAAACUGAGCUCCUUGUUGGCUCUGAAGAUUUUGACAUCCGGGUGUUCAAAGAAGAUGAGAUCGUGGCAGAAAUGUCAGAAACAGAGACCAUCACAGCCCUGAGCCCCAUGUAUGGCAGUCGCUUUGGCUACGCUCUCUCCAACGGGACGGUCGGUGUUUACGACAAGACAUCUCGUUACUGGAGGAUCAAGUCUAAGAACCAUGCCAUGAGCAUCCAUGCAUUUGACCUGAACUCUGAUGGGGUGUGUGAGUUGAUCACUGGCUGGUCCAAUGGGAAGGUUGAUGCACGCAGUGACCGAACUGGGGAGGUCAUCUUUAAGGACAACUUUGCUUCCUCAAUUGCAGGAGUGGUGGAGGGGGAUUACAGAAUGGAUGGGAGCACCCAGCUGAUCUGCUGUUCCAUUGAUGGUGAAGUCCGAGGUUACCUGCCAGGAGGUGAGGAGAUGAAAGGAAACUUGAUGGAUACAAGUGCUGAGCAGGAUCUGAUCCGAGAACUUAGUCAAAAGAAACAAAAUCUGCUGCUGGAAUUAAGAAAUUAUGAGGAAAAUGCCAAGGCUGAACUGAACGCUCAGUUGAAGGAAGCUGAUGGGCAGAGAGGUGUGAUUCCAGCAAACACCCAACUCCAGACAGCCCUCUCAGUUAAUCUGGGCUCUGACAGCCAGUCUGCCCAUGUGGAGCUGUGUAUUUCCACCACAAAUGACACAAUCAUCCGUGCUGUGCUGAUCUUUGCUGAGGGCAUCUUUGAAGGAGAGAGCCAUGUGGUUCACCCCAGCCUCCAGAACCUCUCUGGUUGUGUUCGUGUUCCCCUCACUCCACCCAAAGAUGUCCCUGUGGAUUUGCACAUCAAAGCCUUCGUGGGUUACAGGAACAGCACACAGUUCCAUGUGUUUGAGUUGACAAGGCAACUUCCCCGUUUCUCCAUGUAUGCUCUGAGCAGCCCGGACUCGGCCACGGAGCCCCUGAGCUUUGUGAACUGCACAACAAAUGAGAGGUCCCAGAGGAUUGUUAUGUGGCUGAACCAGAGCUUCUUGCUACCAGAGGAUGUGGAGUUUCAGAGUGCUUCCUUUCAGGUCUGCUUCACUUCCCUUCGGAAUGCAGGUCAGCUCUGCAUCAAAAUCAAGCCUGGUGGAGAGAUUUCCAUCCACACGGAUGAUAUUGAUCUGGCUGGUGACAUUAUCCAGUCAAUGGCCUCCUUUCUGGCCAUUGAGGAUUUGCAGGUGGAAGCAGAUUUCCCAGCAUACUUCGAGGAGCUGCGGAAGGUGUUGGUCAAGGUGGACGAGCACCACGCAGUGAACCAGAAGCUCACUGCUGACAUGGCCGAGCGCUCCGUCCUGAUCCGCAGCGCGCUGGUGCAGGCCGAGGACGCGCGGCUCCUGGGAGACAUGAAAAACAUGAAGACCCGGUACAGUGAGCUGUAUGAUCUCAACAGAGAUCUCAUCAAUCAGUACAAAAUUCGUUGCAACAACCACACAGAGCUGCUGAAUAACCUGAAAGCUGUGAAUCAGGCCAUCCAGAGGGCUGGGAGGUUAAGGGUUGGCAAACCCAAAGCCCAAGUGAUCAGUGCUUGCAGGGAUGCAAUCAGAAGCAACAACUUCAACAUGCUCUUCAGGAUCAUGUGUGUGGGAACUGCCUCUUCUUAAAAUGGCAGGAGGAGCAGCAGUUGCACAGGGACAGAGUUUCCACAGCCCCCUGCCCUCCUGUGGGGUGAAAUAAUUGCAGAGGUAGCAUUUUUAGUGAAGCCAUCAGGCAAGAAGUGUUGUUAUGCAGGCCAAAGAAGAGCAAGCUUUGUGAAGAAAGCAUCAGAGCUUAAGUGCAGAUAUUUAUGCAAGACAGAGGUACAACCUUGGAACAGUUAUUUUUCUUACAGUAACUUAUUUAUGUAUUUUAAUAUAUUUUGUAGCUAAGGCCUUUUCCAUUAAAUCAUAGACUGGUUUGACUGCU